CAUACGUAUAAAAUUAUAAAAUUAAUGUGAUAUGAUCAAAUGCAGAAUCACGUUCAUUUGGGAACUGAAAUUUUCCGUUUGAAUAUUGCAUUGAAGAAUUAAGUUUGUUUCAGAUAACUGUUUUUCGGUUUUUCGAAUUGGGGAAUCGUGAGUUGUCCAGAAACGCAUUUGAAAUCAGUAAUUAUUAUGUCGUGACUUGAGAGAUCAUAGAUAUUCCGUGACACAGUGGCAGAAUGUCAAAAGAUCACAGUGCUCAACUGAGCGCAGCCAUUCCCAUUGAUUCAGGUGUUGAUCCUUUGACAAGCAACCCGGAAUCCGCGGAUGCAGUCCAAACUACCCGACCAGCUGAGCUUCUGCUACCAAUUCCGAACGAUGUCGACAGCAUUGCGCUGCAGUCACCGAGUCCCAUGCCCACGGAGAACGCCAGCAAAAUCCUGGUCCAGCCUACAGCCAUUCCGGGAUGCCUCAAUGCACACAACGACGGGGCUUUUGACUGGGGUUGGCAGGGAUGUCUCGCAUACGGAAUGCAGACUCUGGUGGUGGUGCUCGAUGCUCGCACCAUGUCGAAGGUUCAGGUGUUGGAUCUGCAUAAACAUCACGUCGCUGUGGUUCGUUGGGCGCGAGAGAAUUAUUGUCAUGGUCCACGUCAGAGUUACAGUUUACGGUUGGCAUCAGCUGAUAUUCAAGGCUGCAUCAUCGUCUGGGAUGUUUUAAAAGGAGCAGCGCAGUCGAAAUUCGGGGAAAGUGAAGGUCCUGUUUUUGAUAUGGCAUGGCAUUGGCAUCAGGAUGCCACACAGGAUUUGCUAUUGUGUCUGCACGCUAAUUCCUGCUUGGUACUGUGGAAUGCCACAACCGGCACGAUGAUCUGGAAAAAAAUCUUUGCCCGAGUGGAUCAUCAUCUGGAAGCGUUUGACCUGGAUCCCCAUCAGCCCAAUCGUGCAGUUUUUAUCGCUUCUGAUGGCAUUUGGAUGAUUCAGGAUAUGUCGUUUUACAAAUCCCCUUCACAUGAUCUGGAGAGGAUAAGUUGGUAUCUGAAUGGCAGACUUACGGGUGUCCAUCGCGAAGGCUUGGCGGGCAAAGAUGUGGCAGUAUCCCCGACAUCCAUUCGUUCGGACAUUAAGCAGCGUGCAUCCAAGCUGCUUUCACGCAAUUCACUGGUUGUUUCCAACAUUCCGGAAGUUGACAGCAACAGUUUAUUGGAGAUAUAUUUUCAUCGAAAUAUGUAUAAUGUUCUUAUUGCGGUGUAUCCGCGGCAGAUCUUGUUCAUCAGCAUUCGCUAUGGUAGCGUGUUUCGGCAGAUUAACUCUGAGAAAGCUGCUGUUCCAUUCCAGUCUGUGAUUCCAGUACGGCAAUUGGAUGCAUUCUAUUGUCUCCAUACAAAUGGGUCCAUCAGCUUCCGUAGCGUUAGCAAGCCAAGCACUAACGCUCUUAUCGUCCCUUGUGAUGCUGUAAAUCAGCCGGAGGCCACGCGCCUUCUGAAACAUUGCAAGAUCUUUGGUUUUGCUGUGGAUCCUGUUAGCGAAAUGCAUUUAUCCGUUUUACUCAACGACGGCCGUAUUUUAGCUUGGAAGCUAGAUUCUGGCGACAACGAAUUACGUAUAUUACCGUCCAGUUUUAUUUCUCCACCAAGAAUAUUUUUGACAUGCAUGACCACUCCGUUGCAUUCUCCACCAUUAGUCAUCCAGGCCAAUCUACUAGUCAGUGAACGGGAUCAUCUGAUUGCAGUAGGGUCGAGCAAGGGGACAGUACAAAUCUUUCAACAUGGAAGUAGUAUAUUGUUACGAGAAUAUUUUAUCCAGAAUAACCCGAUUCAGGGAUUGGAAUGGAUUACACCGAGUUUAUUAUUAAUUUAUUCGUAUCCACACACCGGAAGUCCGGCAGCGUUAGUGCGCAGCGAAAUUGUUCUUCUAGACUUGCGAAUUGGCAGUGUCCGGCUUUUACGGAAGAGUGUGGCUGAAGAGUCGCCAAUUCGGACAGUCAAAGUUUCCCCCGCGAAAGACCAUCUUGUAAUUGUUUUCAAGAAUGGUGUUCCAGAAAUCUGGAAUAUUUUGGAAGGUCGUCAGUUGGUAUGGCACCGACCGCGCUCGGUGCCUCAUGCUACAGCUGCCGAAUGGGUUGUUGUGUUAACUCCGGCUGUGGACGACCCCGCGACAUCUGAUGCUAAAGUCCGAAAGGAACUGAUACUGUUUGUCGAUCUCAAAGGGCUUUUUCAGGCAUUCAGAGUGAAAGGCAAUAUCAUACAUGAAGACAAAUCAUCGGUAUUCACUACACAGGCCACCAUAGGACACGUUACAGCUAUGUGCCGUAAACGGAAUAAAAUAGUCAUGGGGGAUGUGGAUGGUAGCCUGAUAAAAUGGACACCAUCGGAAAGCUUAGCGGAGACUAAAAACUUGAAUAGAGGUUGGAUCAAAAACAUUAAAUUUGCUCCUAAAGAUCGAACAAUGUGGGCUGCUGUACUUUUUUCCGAUGGGCUGGACGUGUGGGAAAUAGAAACGAUGGAACUGAUUAAUCAAGUUAGACCAAAACUUUACAAAAUUAACUCCUUUGAUUGGGUGUCGGCGACGCACCUGGCUUUAUGCUGCAUGGAUGGAUGCAUCCGGAUAUACGACUGUCGCAAUUUUAUUACAUGCUCGUCUAUUGUCAAUGUGGAACUGCUGCAUGAGGACAUAAAAAAUCCAUAUUUAUUAUCGCAAGAAGCGAUACGCCAAGAAAAAGCAACUCGUUUAAUGCUGGUAAAAGAUCAUGAGAGCGACGAGGACGCGGCUACUUCCCUCAGGAAGCAAGAACUGGCAGAUUUGCGUCGUAGCUUUUCAAUGAAAACUCAAAGUAGUGCUGACCGUUGCUUCCUGACCAGCUUAUUUAUGGGGGAUGAAAGCGAUUAUCAUUUCUGGAAAGCGUGUCUUCGAUCCUUGCCUUCCGUGCAGAGCGCUUUGAAAGAUAAAUUAGGUUUACAAGAAAACUUCUUUCUUCUCGAUAAAGAUUCCUUGCAGGAACACGUUUUUAGCAUGACCAGUAUUGUUUUGGACGAUUCGACUGGAGUAAGCAAUGAAUGCACGCGGAAAUGCAUCCAAGAUCUGAUCUCAGUUGGGGCUAGCAGCGUUGCUGUAGAACACAUUCUUGGUUUGGACCCCAACGAUCCGAAUUAUUACACAGAUUCUCUUAAAGCUGCUUUGUUAACGAGUUUAAAUGGUCACUCAUCGGAAACUGUCCAAAGUACAAUCAAACUGGUUGCUACGAGUCUGAUCGCGAACACCACGAUGGCCAGUAGCGGCAUUGAGCUUUUGUGUAUGAUUGGAAAAAUGCUGGAAGCUUGUAGAUAUUUGCAGUCCUGCGGAAAAUACACUGAUGCGGCCAAUUUGGCUAAACUCUGCUUAUCUACUGUCGAAUCGAAAGAGAUUAUGACGAAAUGGGUCGAUUAUUUGUGUGCUCCUGAAAUAAACCAAAAGAGUUUGGCGUUGUUAAUUUGUUUACAUGCCGGAUUUUUUGAUCGUGCACUGGAAUUAAUGGCCACAUCCAGGCAGUUUGAACGAGCAGCCAUGUUUCUGCAGGCCUGUGAAGAAGAUGGCAUUCUGGAACCGAUCUUGCAAGGAAACCUUGCCAUGUGUGAAGCAGUUUACCUCGAAUAUGCCCGGUAUCUGCAUUCCAUCGGAUUGAAGGACCAAGCAAUGUAUUUUUGUGAUAAGGGCGGCAAAAAUGGGCGUCUACUUCGACAAGAGUUUGAAAUUUUAAAUCGUGAUCAUAACGUACAUUCGGGAUAACCUUCCCGUUGCGAUCAUUCCGGUGUCUUGAAUGAACGUGCCUCAAAGCUUGUUUCAUGUAUGUAAUGUGUGUAUGUUGAUUCUUAAAGAAUAGAGUAGUCUGUUAGUUUUCGCAAUUUUUAAUGGUUUUAAAGUUUACUACCCUUUUAUAAUCCCCGUUCAUCAGAAUGGCUGUUGACAGAUUCUGACGGAGUAUUUCGUUGCUAGAUUCUCAAUCUUCGCAGCUCAUAUGGAUUAAAUUUGUAUUGACUCGGAAA